CGCCUUCCAUUCCCAUAUUCCCAGAGGAAAGUCGGAUAUGAGAGAGGCCCGGGAACAGAUGCCACAGCCUUUGGCAACACAAAACGUUCGAUCUAGCAUAGGAAAGUCGAACCACGGCAAGGCACAUGGAAACCGUUCAGAAUCAUGGUGCCCCCCUCCCCGAGGCACUAUACUAAUAUGAGUCAAGUCUCCACGAAGUCUACAAACUCCCCCUGCCGCCGGCAGCUAAAGCCCACGAGCCGGAAGACCGGCUUACGUCCGCCGUGCACAACAGACUCAGGACCUACUCCGUACAGACCACCAGCACAUCUGUUAUCCGUACUUGAGCUGAACUGUUGCCGGCUGCGACACGAUCGAGAACUUCGCUGCUGAAUUGUGGAGCAAAGUGCCAGUUCUAGAUCCGG